GCACCUGUGUGUCCGUGCGACUUCUGCCCGACUCCGGCCGCGCCCGCCCGCCAUGGGCCCUCACUGCAGCAACCUUUUCGUUCUCUUGCUGCUGCUGCAGGUCUCAUCGUGGCUCUGCCAGGAGCCAGAGCCCUGCCGCCCCGGCUUUGGCACCGAAAGUUACACAUUCACCGUGCCCCGGCGGCACUUGGAGAGAGGCCGAGUCCUGGGCAGAGUACAUUUUGAAUCUUGCACUGGUCAACCAAGAACAGCCUAUCAUUCUGACAACACCCACUUUAAGCUGAGCCAUGAUGGCGUAGUUACAGUGAAAAGGGCUCUACAACUGCGUAAUCUGGAAAUAAGCUUCCUUAUCCACGCCUGGGAUGCCAGCCGCAGGAAGCACUCCGCCAAAGUCACACUGAAGGCAGAAGCCCACCAGCGCCACCGCCGCCAUCAAGACUCUAAGGCUCAGCUGGAAGUGCUCACAUUCCCCAGUUCCCACCAGGGGCUCAGAAGACAGAAGAGAGACUGGGUUAUCCCCCCGAUCAACUGCCCAGAAAAUGAGAAAGGCCCAUUUCCCAAAAAACUGGUUCAGAUUAAAUCAAACAGGGACAAAGAAAUCAAAGUUUUCUAUAGCAUCACUGGUCAAGGAGCGGACAGCCCCCCUGUGGGCGUAUUUAUAAUUGAAAGAGAAUCAGGUUGGCUGAAGGUGACAGAGCCUCUGGAUAGAGAACUAAUUCCCAAGUACACCCUUUUCUCUCAUGCUGUGUCGUCCAACGGGAAUGCCAUUGAAGAGCCGAUGGAGAUUGUAAUAACAGUGACAGAUCAGAAUGACAAUAAGCCGGUGUUCACCCAGCAGGUCUUUGAGGGGUCUGUCAUGGAAGGUGCUCUUCCAGGGACAUCUGUGAUGCAGGUCACUGCCACCGACGCGGACGAUGAUGUGAACACACACAACGCUGCCAUUGCUUACUCCAUCCUCAGCCAGGAGCCGAAGCAGCCGCACAGCAGCAUGUUCACCAUCGACCGCCAAACUGGCGUCAUCCAUGUGAUCAGCACGGGCCUAGACCGGGAGAGUGUCCCCACGUACACCCUGGAGGUGCAAGCUGCGGAUCUUGAAGGUCAAGGCUUAAGCACAACAGCCACAGCCGUGAUCACAGUCCGUGACCACAACGACAACCAGCCCAUCUUCAACCCUACCACGUACCAGGGGUCAGUGCCUGAGAACCAGGUUGGGGCCAACAUCGCCACCCUCAAAGUGACUGAUGCCGAUGUCCCCAACACCCCAGCAUGGACGGCCGUGUACACCGUAUUAAAUGAUGAUGAAGGUCAAUUUGUGGUCACCACAGACCCCAUCACCAACGAAGGCAUUCUGAGGACCGCUAAGGGGUUGGAUUAUGAGGCCAAGCAGAAGUAUGUUCUGUACGUGACUGCGACAAAUGAGGUUCCCUUUGAUGUCCAGCUCCCCACCUCCACAGCCACCGUCACUGUCAUUGUCACGGAUGUGAACGAAAGCCCCAUCUUCAUACCUCCCCAAAAGGAAGUGGAAGUGCCCGAAGACUUGGGUGUGGGCCAGGAAAUCACGUCCUACACAGCCGAGGACCCGGACCGCUUUAUGAACCAGAAGCUAACGUAUCGGAUUUGGAGGGACACCGCCAAUUGGCUGGAGAUAAAUCCAGAAACGGGAGCCAUUUCCACGCGGGCCGAGAUGGACAGAGAGGACAUUGAGCAUGUGAAGAACAAUACGUACACAGCCCUCAUUAUAGCCACCGACGACGGUUCUCUAGCUAUGACCGGAACAGGAACCCUUCUCCUAGUCCUGCUGGAUGUGAAUGAUAAUGGCCCCGUGCUAGAGUCUCGAAGCACUGAGUUCUGCCAGAGGGACCCUCAGUCUCGAACCAUCAAAAUCAUUGAUAGCGAUCUUCCCCCCAACACGUCUCCUUUCAAAGCAGAACUGAUACAUGGGUCAAGUGUCAACUGGACCGUUGAGGUCCAAGACCCAGCCAAAGAAUCUAUCGUUUUGAUGCCCAAAAAAUCCUUAGAAUUGGGUGAAUACAAAAUAAACCUCAAGCUCACAGAUAACCAGAACAAAGACCAGGUGACCACUUUAGAGGCGUUCGUGUGUGACUGUGAAGGGGCUGUGUCCAACCACCAAUGUGGGAAUCUCAAGCAGUUUGCCACAGCCGGGUUAGAAGUACCUGCCAUUCUGGGCAUACUUGGAGGUAUCCUCGCUUUCCUGAUUCUGCUCCUGCUGCUGCUUUUGUUUGUCCGGAGGAGAAGAGUGGUCAAAGAGCCCUUGCUGCCUCCUGAAGAUGACACCCGAGACAACGUUUAUUACUACGAUGAAGAAGGAGGUGGAGAAGAAGACCAGGAUUUUGACUUGAGCCAGUUGCACAGGGGCCUGGACGCUCGGCCUGAAGUGACACGCAACGAUGUGGCGCCAACCCUGCUGACGGUGCCCCAGUACCGACCGCGCCCUGCCAAUCCCGAUGAAAUUGGAAACUUCAUCGAUGAAAACCUGAAAGCGGCAGACAGUGACCCCACUGCCCCACCUUACGACUCUCUGCUGGUGUUUGACUAUGAAGGAAACGGUUCUGAAGCUACCAGUCUGAGCUCUCUGAACUCCUCAGAGUCGGACCGGGACCAGGACUACGACUACCUGAACGAGUGGGGCAACCGCUUCAAGAAGCUGGCCGACAUGUACGGGGGCGGCGAGGACGACUAAGGGACUCGCCAGACGCCGAGCGUCAGGUCUUUGUACUCGUGCUCAGAAAUGAGGAUGAAUUUCCCACAUUUCCUUUCACUUGACUUUCUGGGGAAAAAAGACUGAUCAGCAAAGUUGUUAGAUUUUUUUUUUUUUACUUUCUAGAUGUAAUCUGUGUUUGCUAGAAUGCUUCUGCCUCAUUCCUUGGAUUCUACAUGGUGGCCUUUUCCAAAAGAUGCCCAGCUGCCCAUCUUGUUUUGUAUAUAGGAAAUUUGUAAGUGAUUCAUAACCAAACUUUUUCCUCUCCUGUAGUGGCACUGAUGUUCCAGGUUCUCAUGUUCAGUCAGAAUCCCAUUACAUAGCCCCAGACAGGAGCCGUCUGGAGCAGAAAUGAUUUGGCCACUGUGUGCUCUUGCUGCUUUUUCCUCUUCUAUCUCCUGAGCACGGAAACAGGCACCUACCCACUUACUUGCUCUGGGUGGGAAUGGAACGUUACAGGAAUGUCGGCAGGUGGGCUGUGGGCCUCAGCAUGAACUCUUCACCCAGAAAAAUGUGAUGAGCUUUACAGGUACCACUCACCUUUCACUGUUUAUCAUGAAAAUGAAUGAUUCCAAGGCUCAAGAUGGUGCCUCAAGUGCUGCAAAUACAGAAGCUGGCUUAUUCCAGCAGAGGGAACAUGUGGGCUCUGGAGACAGCAGCACAGCUCAGCAGCUCAGACAGGAUGGUUGAGGUGGGUCUGUCAGAGCUAACCACGUUUCCUGGUAGGAGUUGUAGAUGAUCAUUGAUGUCUGAAGAGCAGAAUCUCCAUGUGCCUAUGGAAAAUGUUGGUCGAGAGUAUACAGAAACUGAGAAAACAGACUAUUAGCAAGUUUUAGGAGAAGGAAGAAAAUGUUUUCUUAAGGGGUUAUGGGGAGGUGAGAACCUUGAUUGGGAUUUUUAAGUAGAACUGUUGAAAUUAUUUUUCAUGUUUAUUUUUAAGGAAGCUGCUGUCAACUGUUUUUAGAAGGAAAGGACCAUUCCUGCAAUCAUAGUAAGGCACUGUCAUGAUUUUGCAGCAGUAUAAACUAAUGUGGAUCUGUCUGUAUAAAAAAAUGCCGCUGUAGUUUUUGAGUGACUGUGUGGGUGCUGAAAAUUUUGUAUUUUCUUUGAGGGUGGGAAAGGAAAACAAUUCUAAGAAUAUUCUUUUU